AAAAAAUCUUGUCGUCCAUGUCUGGGCCCACCCGCACACUGUUCACUCCUCCGCCUUUCUGAACAUGGCCACUGUUCAUCGCCUUUUUGCCUUCACUGUUUCAUCGCUUUUGCAACCUCUGUUCGGAUUCAUCGCUUCGUUCCUCUCCAGGCUGGGAGUGGGCGUUCUUGAUUCUUUUGAAGAAAGUUCGGUUUUUUCAGAAACCUCCGAGGUCAGUGUUCUUGAAGAUGAAACAUUGAGGGAUUCGGAGCCCGUGUCUGAAGUGGAAAUGAAAGAGAAAGAAAACAGUGAUGGGCUCGUGUUCAGGUUUCCCACUUACGAGGAAUUCAUCAUCAAUUGCCGGAAAGGGGUUGUGGUUGGUUCUGGAAUUGCUGAUUCUGAAUCUGUGUCUGAAAAGGGUUUUAUGGGUUUCGUUGCAGAAGAAUUGGAUCUUGGUUGUUCAAAGGAUGAAGACACUGUUCUAUUAGACAAGGGUUUGAAGGAGUCUCCUUUGGAAGGAGAAGUUGUUUAUAGGGGCAUCAAACCUGAGAAUUCUGACAAUGGUGUGUGUGGAGAAGAGGAAAAUGAAAAGGAAGAAAUUUGCAAACCAGAGCAACAAUCUGAUCGUGAUCUAGAGGGAACAGAAUUUGGAGAAGGAGAUGAGAGGGAAUUGGGUAAAUCAGAGAGCCAAGCCGAUUUCAAUAUUCAAUCCGAGAAAGAUUCAAUGGUGACUGAUUCUGGUUCUGUGUCUCCUUCUAUUGAGCCAAUGCAAUCUCUAAUGAGUCGGUUAGUCGAUUUGUGCAGCGAUGAAGGCUUCUUCUCUGAUUCUGAAUCUGUGUCUGAUAAAGAUGACAGUGCUAAAGAUCAGUUCAAACAAGGCAAUGUCGAAAACACGAAUUUGGAAUCUCAGUUUUUAUCUGAGAGUGAUUUUCAAGAAGAUGAAGAAUCUGAUAGUCCUAAAAAAUUCAAACAAUGCAAUGGGAAGAAUCCAGAUUUGGAAUCUGGGUUUUUAUCAGAGAGUGAUUUUCAAGAAGAUGAAGGAUCAAAUUUGGAGUCUUUAUGGGAACAUCAAGAUUUGCUUGAACAAUUAAAGACGGAGCUUAGAAAGAUGAGAGCCACUGGUUUGCCAACCAUCUAUGAAGAUUCAGAGUCUCUCAAAAUGGAUGAACUCAAGCGUUGGAAAAUCAACGAAAGGUUUCAAAACAAAGAAUGCAUAACAGUUGAGCUGAAUAAGUUCAGCAAAAUCUACAAAGAGAGGAUGCGGAAAUUUGACAUCGUCACAUACCAAAAGCUCUAUGCAAUCAGUUUUCUGCAAAAAGAGUCUGUAAAAGAUCCAUUCAAAUUGCUCUCAUCCCACAAAUCUUCAGCUCCACCAUCACUCUUAAAGAACAUCUGGCCAUUCAAGCACAAGAACAGUGACAUUGAUGAUCCAGUGGUGAAGUUCAUCAAGGAAUUGCAGUGUGAACUGGAAGUAGUAUAUGUUGGGCAGAUGUGUCUUUCUUGGGAAUUCCUACACUGGCAAUAUGGGAAAGCCCUUGACUUGUGGGACACUGACCUUGCAGGGUCCAAGCGAUAUAACGAAGUUGCAGAAGAGUUUCAACACUUUCAAGUGCUCUUGCAAAGAUACAUAGAGGACGAACGAUUUCAAGGGCCAAGAGUCCAAUGUUAUAUCAAAAGCCGGUGCGACUUUCGUGAUCUUCUGCAAGUUCCUGUCAUUAGAGAGGACAGCUUGAAGUACAUGAAGAAGGGGGGGAAGUUUGAAAAGGGGGACUUUGCAAUUACAAGUGAUAUUCUAGUGGAGAUUCUUGAAGAAUGUAUAAGAAUCUUUUGGCGAUUUGUAAAAUCCGAUAAUGAGUCAACGGUACAGUGUCACUCGGAGAUUGAAGAUGCUGAAGACCAUGAACUGUUAAUGGAAGUCAGAAGAAGUCUGCAAAAGAAGGAGAAGAAGCUCAGAGAUAGCUUGAGGAGUGAAAACAGCAUAUUGAGGAGAUUCAAACAGUGCAGAGACGACGAUGACUCAGACCAUGUUCUUUACUUCUUCUCACAAGUGGACAUGAGAUUAGUUUCUAGGGUUCUUAACAUGUCUAGGCUAACAAGGGAGCAACUAGUUUGGUGUCAUGACAAAUUGAAUAGUAUUUCUUUUGUAAACAGAAAGAUUCAGGUAGAGCCUUCAUUUUUGCUCUUCCCAUGUUAAAAAACAUUAUAAACUUGACUACACAUU